AGCUUUUCAGCUGGUAGUGUGAAUGAGACUCACGCGAGUCACGGUGACACAUCAAAUGGAACGGGUGGAUCCAGUGUUGGCUUUGGUGAUGUCGUGUCACGUGGCGGCAGCGGUGACGUGGACAAUCGGGUUUUGGGUGUGGUGAUCAUUGAAGCGGGCAGAAACCUGAGUCACACGGUGCAGCAUCGCCCGUGUGAGUCACCGAUCAUAGAGCAAGCACUGGUGUCUCGAAUUAUGAACAGCCAGGAUCUGGACUUCUUCCUCAACCAGGAGAGAGUCUUUCAGGGUUUGCUCAGGCAGAGCCACCAUUUUGAAAUGAAGGUGAACUAGAUGAGACGCCGACCACGGUGUUCCCGGGCCAGUGCUGAGAAACAUGGAUACUUGAUACAGGAUUAUAGUGUUUAAGCUUCCCUGCUAACAGAGACCACUAUAAAUGUCAUCAAAUAAUCUAGAAGCAAACAGUAGUUUAUAACAAAAAAAUAACUCUCCAUACAUCAAUUUUGAAAACAUUCAAUGUAAAAAAAAGUUCUUCUCUACAGUGUUGUGUAAUAUUUCUCAAGUGGAAGACCAUGGACCUGUAAAUCACAAUAAUAAUGUGGGUGUAGCAACUGUUUCUCAAUUACCGAAAAGAAAUAAUAUACGUUUAAUGUUAAUUUAGGCUGAAAUGAAGUCACUAAAAGGACUAUAAGAAUUUUUCCAAUAUUUGACAAACUGAAAUUCAUCCAAAUAUUCAAUGUCUUUCAACGUUUGGCAGAAUGAAAUAUUAAAAAGACACAUUUGUGUAAUUCAUCAUUUAACAUCAUUAGGGAUUCGAAAUUCUACUCGAAUAAAUCGGUUUCUUUCAUCCAUUUGAAACGGUCAAAUACAUAAUUCGCAACAUAUAAAGACAAGAUGAACGCGCUUUCAAAGGGCGUAACGUGAUGACGUCACAACGCCUGCGAGGGACGCGGAUGGAGAGAAACGCAACUUAUCCUCCUGAACUCUUCUGCGAUCAGUUAUAACGGAUGGUGAUACGACAGGAGAUCUAUUGGGCUGUCAGUGAAGCAAACCAUCAGUAGAUGGCUGAAUCAGUCAAGCUGAAUCAACUGGAACAUUCUGGAAAAGGGAGAGCACCAGUGAGCUCAGCAACUCCGAAAGACCUGGAAGACCAGGGGCAGCAACUGUGGUGGAUGAACCCCAUCUCAGCAGUUGACCAGAUUAAGAUAAGGGCACUCUCGGUGACUUCUUUUUAACAGACGCUGCAAAGAUGCCACGAAUGCAACACAUAAUUUCAGCAACUAAAAGACACUGCCAAGAGCCUGACCAGGCCAUCUCUGCCCGGAAGUUUAUGUUUCUCAGUACAAAGGAGCAAGAGGAAUAUUUCGACCAGUGGGAUCAGCUCAGCCCUACCCUGAAAUGGGAAGCAGGACAUCGAUGGGCACUUAGAUUCUACUACCUUCCCAUUUUGUUCAAUGAAGCAGAAAAUGUGGAUCCGGAUUCCACACUUUUUGAGUAUAAGGAUCAUCCUCAUUGCUGGGUCGAUAAUCUUUUGGAUAUGGACGUCACAGAAGCCCUCUUUCGAGCGCUGGCGAUUGGAACACUGACCAAGGAGGGAGCACGGUUUAUUUUUGCUUUAACUAAGCUGUACAAGGAUUUGGGGUCCGGUCGCCCGACUCUCUCGGAUGCUUUAACAUUUUUGGAAGCACACGGAGGAUCUUAUGUCAUCAUACUGAUGGAACAAUUGAACCCCCUGGAAGCCUUCGACAUAGUCAGCGCUGUGUUUUCAUCUUAUGCAAGAUUUAUUAUCCAAAUGGUCGAGAACGUCAAUAAGACAAUGAACAUGGUGCAGUUUGGACUAAUUUCUCCUGAUGCACAAGGAGCUGAAGUUCUGAGACAGAAAGGGAACGCAUGCUUUCGGAUGCAUGACUAUGGUUCUGCCGUGCACUUCUACUCUGAAGCCAUCAAAUUUGAUAUCCAGAACCAUGUCAUCUAUGGAAACAGAUCGCUUUGCUACAUCCGUCGAGCUGAAUACAUAAAUGCAGCAAUUGACGGCAAGCGAGCUGUUCUUCUGAAGCCAGACUGGGCAAAGGGCCACUACCGGUAUUGUGAGGCUUUGUUCCUUUGUGGACAUGGUUCAUGGGCCACUCAGUCCAACUUGUUGGCUGCACAUCUGUGCAAACAGGACCCCGAGGGACUGAAAGACCUGAACGGUCAGUUGCGGAAGUUCUUUGGAGAUACAGAAGAAAUGAAAGAUCUCGAUUGGAUAUGGCAAGGCUUUCCACCUGACAAUUUUGUGCCUGAUCUUCGGCCGAGUACACUCCAAAAACCCCAAAAGAAGAAUCAGACAAAAAGUCUGCAGAGCACGAUUUUGGCAGCCAAAAAAGAAAUGGAUGCUCAGCAAGCUGUAAAAGAAAAGGCUGCUUCAGGGGGGAACAGUAAAGACUCUGCUGUCAGAAACUCUACACCCAGAAAGAAUUCCAAGAGCCAAACUUCAGAGGCUGCUCAGGUUGCUGCUUUGAAUAAAGCCAGUCUGUGUAAAGAGAUGGGAUCUCUGGUGCAGGCAGCUCAGUCCUCCUUGGUCGACCUCCGGAGUCGAAACGCCGAGCGGAGCUUUAGCCAGGCACUCGCCAUGCUGGACACCACCACACCCAAGAAACUUGGUCUUUCACCCCUGGACGUGCAGCUGCUCAUAUUUGGUCGCGCUUCUGCCCUGACUGACAUUGGCCAGCCUGAGGAGCUUGCUGAAGCACGAAAGCUGCUGGAGAAAAGCGAAUCAUUCCAGGAGAAAACCUUUCAGUCUCUCAUUUGUUACUGCUUUGGGAGGAUUUACCUGAAGGAGAACAGAUUUGCUGCCGCCCUGAAAAAAUUUAAUGAGUCAUUGGAAAUGGUCAGCAACAACACAACUCCCAGUAAACUCACGUGGCCCUUGACUAAACAGGUUGUCAGAGAAUCAGACCCCAAUUUUCUCAAGGAAAUGCUGAGCGACGCCAUGGACUUGUGCAAGUUUCCUCCUCCGCCUGACGCAGUUUGCCAAGUGGAAAAGACUUCGUGCCCUUUAAAAGCUGCAAUUUACUUCACUGACCCAGAUUUUAAGGGCUUUAUUCAGAUAUGUUGCUGUCAGAAGUGUGUCAUCCAGUAUCACAUCACCUGCUGGAAGACGCUCAAAUCUUCAUCUUUUAAUGACAAGGUUGAAAAGGAGUUUUUACACGACCCUUGCUUCACCCCGGACUGUGUCGGCCAAAUAUGUAACAUUAAAAUAUUUGAUUCAACAAGUCAGCUCAAGUGGGAGGAUGGAACGACUAUUCCUAAACCGGAGAAAACAAAGAGGCCUAAAGUCAAUCAAAAAUGUACAAGUUUAAAGAAGUUGAAGUCCAAAGAGGAGCGCAAACUAAAACGGAAGCAGAAAACACAUUUGUAUGAGGCGAAGCCGACAGAAGAGGAGGAGCAGAGAGACGAGACUGCAGCCCAGGCUCCUCAGAAAGCGGUGGUGGUUUUCAAAGACGGAGUUCUCCGGCAGCUAAGCCAGAAGCUGACUCUCCUGAGGGAAGAGAAGGGCCUCUCUGUGUCCACGGUGGCCAGCGGCCUGAAGCCCUGGCUGGAGCUGGACUUGACCCGGGGCAACCAGCUGGCUCAGCGGCUCCUCCACUGGCAGCAGGAGCAGAUCGACUCCCUGGGGGUGGUCGUGGAAAUGAUCCUGGAGCGGAAGAACCGCGUUUGGGCCCGUAUUUUUGUGCACAUGCUUUCAGGCGCUGAGGGUGUCAAUCCCAAACUGAGCAGCUGGGCGUCUCGGCUCAACGACGCAGGGUUGAAUGCAGCCAGAACCUUUGUGGAGUGCAACAUGGAACACCUGGAGCAGCUGGACCUGGCGUUUCCUUUCACAUUUGGACCUUUUCAAGACGUUUUCCUAAAGCACCUGGUUCCCGGCUCUGAACUCUUGGGCUCCGCUUUGACUUGUUACCUAAAAGAGGCUCCAGCAAACGACGUUCGACUUUUUAUUUGGACUCUAGACGAGCACAGAGAUAAUUAUGUUUCCUAUCACAAUAUACUGGAUGACCAUUUUGAUAUGAUGGAAGGUCAUUGUGCUGUGUUAAAAAAGUCCACUGAAAAGAAUUGUCCAACAAAAACGAAAAGUCGAGCUCGUAAAAAGAAACGUAAAGAACCAAAGGAGCUUAUCGAUUGGUCGGAUGUUCGAAGCAACACACCGACUGAGGAGUGGGACCCAAGCUUUAUUGAAAAUCACACUUUUCCGGUCCUGGAUCCAGAAGGUCCCUUCAGUGUUCCCAGCUACCUGCGCGAUCAAGUGGACGACUUUGAGAACCAGUACAACUUUGAGAAUCUGUCCGGCUGUAAUGCUCAACACUUUUUGGAUCCUGACACCACCGAGGAGGAUUUGUACGGCUACUUCACCCAGGUCCUGGAGCUACAUGGUCCUCAAGUGCCUGACUCUCCUCUGCUCAUGGAGCAGCUGCAGAAUUUUCCUGAAGUCGCCCAGCUGAAGAUCCACGAGGCCGGCGGCCUGGAGUCCUUCCUGCUCCAGUCACGUCACUUUGUUAAGAUCGGAGACUGUGUGGGUUUGGCUUCUCAGGUGGUGGCUAUGCCGGAGGCCGCCAGCACACCCACCUAUGACCUCUACCCCUACUACGACCCGAGUACUGUGUACCUUCCUUACAAUACAAUUCAGUACUAUCCGGUAGAACCAGUGAAGAACCACAAGGAGAUUCAGACGUCUCAGGAGAACCAGAGCAGCGUGGCGGUGAACACCGACCCGCACCACCUGGAGUCCGCUCAUGGAGAAAUCAACAAAAAAGAAAAGGGCUACUGGAAGAUCCAGCAGCUGCUGCGUAAACUGUCCGGUCACUGUCAACAAGCUGAUGCGGAGCACCAGCUGGACAUCAGCAGCUUGGAGGAGGAGAUCAAAGGAAUCCACACCAUCAUCCAAAUAACCAACAAGGAGCUGAGCUUGUUCCAGCAGAAGCUGGAGGAUGAAGUGGAGAAUGACCGGAAGGAGAAGAAGUCCAACCAGGAGCAGCUCAAGUCUCUGAAGCAGGAGAUCUGUGAGCGAGUGGAGGAAAGCAAGAGUUUGACCAGGAGCAUUAAAGAGUCCGACGCCAAGUAUGAAGAAAAGCUCAGUCGCUUUCUGGACCUGAGUAACCAGAUGGCGAGUGAGAAGAUGAGUCUGGAGGACGAGAUCAAGUCUCUCAAAGCGUCUGUAGCCAAGGCCAACAGCAGAUCACGCAGUGCUCAGAUGUCCGUGGUGGAGAGCUACAAAGACCUCGGCCUGUACGGCCUCUACAAGCAACUGGCCGAAUUCAAAGUCUUUCUGGCCAAACUGGACGAGCGAUCUCGGAGGUUUCCGUCCUCUGACCUGGACAUGAGCAGGAGGAGCUGGCGGGAGAACAUCCAGGAGGUGGAGAAGAAGAUAGCAGCCGCUGAGAAGCAGUACCAGGAGCAAGUGGAGCUGGUGCGAAGUGGCCGGAACGUCAGCGAGUUGGUUCCCGUCCUGAAAAGCAUCCAGUCGUUGUGGGCGGUGCCGAUGAUGUCUGCUCCGGCUCCAGAGUUCAGCCCGUUACCUGACGCCGUCGCACUGAACCCCAAACCUGCCGCGGCAGAAGCUCCGCCCAGACCAGCCAGACCCCAGGAGACUGCGGCGGCCACGGUCUUUGAAAAGGCCAUGGAGGAGCUCAGCAGCAUCUUCCCGGACUACAGCAGGGAUGACCUGAUCCGGUUUGUCUAUCACCUGCGUUCGUCCACUGGCGGGAAACUCAGUGGCAUGGAUCUGCAGGAGGUGGUCGUGGGAACCACCCAGCUGAUCCUGGAUCACCAGGAGAAGUCCGCCGCCAACGCCAGCAGGGAGCGCCGAGGCCCAGCGCCGGAGACGCCGGCUCCAGUCUGGCAGAAGCCCAAACCUUCUCAACUGAAAGCCAUCAACUUGGAGGACCCGUGCGUGAUCUGCCACGAGGAAAUGACCUCGGACAACAGCAGGGUGCUGGACUGCAGACACACCUUCCACGUGCAGUGCAUCUCGUCCUGGUUGAAGGAGCAGAGCACAUGUCCCACCUGCAGAGGGCACACCAUCUCUCCGGAAGAGUUCCCCGCUUUGGCCAGCAGGAGGCGCCAACUCCCCUGAUAUAUAACCACCCUCUCCUCCCUCCCGCGCUCUGCUUUGCUUGGUUUUAUUACGGUUUUUUUUUCUUUUUUAAUUCAACACUUCCUUUAAAUUCGUCCGUGUGUCAGUAACACGUCACAAUCGUUCUUUUAUCUGUUCAUGUUCUGGAAAUACAAAGUGUUUUGACAGA